AUGAGAGGCAACUGCCUACCACCGGAGCUUCAGCUGAUCGCAGAAACCGAACUUCGAGAGACGGAGGAUGGGAAAAUUGAGUCGUUGGACAAGCUUAAUCAGCUGUUGGAUGAGGAGCCUGAUCUCCACUCAAGAAGGGAUGACGAAUUCCUGCUUCGCUUUCUUCGCGUUCGCAAGUAUAACGUCGAUACAGCACAGAAGAAAGUCAAGGAGUAUUAUAAGACCCGAAAAAACUUCCCCUGUGUCUUCGAGAACUUUGUACCAUCAAAUGUCAAACUCGAUGUCAGAAAUAUGAUGAUGGUGUUCCCCCAACCAGAUAUUCACGGCCGGCCGGUGGUACUGUUAAAAGCAGGUGCCUGGAAUCCCCAGACUACUUCCUACGGCGAAGCACUACAAGGCCUAACCCUUAUCAUGGAACAUCUGAUAGCUGACCCGGUGGUACAAACAAAAGGUGUCACCUGCAUCCACGACUUUGGCGGAUUUACCGCGGACAAAGUUCUCUCCAUCAACUUCGGCCUGCUGAAGAUGUCCCUUCGGCUUUUCCUGGACUGUGUACCGGCACGAAUAAAAGCGACUCACAUCGUGAAUGAGUCGUACACUUUCGACAUGGCUUACGCUAUGGUUCGACCUUUCAUCAGCAAGAAGAUGGCAGAUAGGCUUCAUGUCCACGGAGCGAACACCGAAGGCCUCCACAAAGAAGUGCCCGUGGACAGACUCCCCAAGGAAUACGGAGGAGUCGGCCCUGACCUUGACUUCGAAGCCUUUUGGAACCGUCUAGAACAAGGGGAAGAGUUCUUCGUCGAAAAUAACCGCUAUGGAUAUACCGGGAAGGAAAGCUGUGACGACGAAAUCGAGGUGACGGCCUUCUAG